AUGACCUCCGCGCCUCGGGACUCCGUUUCUAGAUCGCCCGAGAAUGCAACGUUGGACCUACAAGAUACGACGAAAGUCUUGAUACCCAAAAAACAUGAAACUAUUGAGCAGCAGUCGGAUUGCCAACUGUUAUCGCCAAAACGGGCCAAGAAGUUGGCCAAAUACAUAAAGAAUUCCAUGGAAUCCCAUUCCCAUCCACCGGAGAAGCCAUCAAGGCCUGAGGUGGAAUUCAAAUCCUAUGAGAGGAUGUUGCUUCUACUGACGCAAGUUGGGUACCUACCAGUGGCGGCUUCAAUGUUGUCGACCACUUUUUUCGAGCCCUCGAAGGCAAGUUUGAGGUUUUUAUACAGGGUGGGAAAUCUUUGUGGCCCGAUUUCAAUUGGCUAUAACUUUUUUAGUUUUUGGCCAAAUCUCAGAAUUCUGUUUUUCCCUGGAUCCUCAGAGAUCCCCAUUUUGCUUAGUACCAAAUAUGUGUUGGCCAUUUAUUAGCUAACAGCAGAAGUUGACUACAAACAAAAAACUCUAAUUUUGAUGCUUAACAAGGGAAGUACCCCUUGUGCGACACUCAGAUUUUCUUUAAAUUUUGCACAGGUGGUGGACGUAGGCCUCAUAUCAAUCCCUGAGAGUUGUAGGGUUCAGGGAAAAAAAGAAUUUUAAAAUUUGGCCAAAAACUAACAAAGUUAUGGCCAAUUUAAAUCGGGCCACAAAGAUGCCCCAUCUUGUAAUAAAAAAGGUGUGUGGGAUUUGAAAUUUAUUGAUUUUUCUCACACUGUAUCUACUAACGAUCAAAAUUUGCAGUACUUUUGCCACCACAUUCGCAACCGAACCUACGACUCCACGGCGCUUCAAUUCAAGGCCCUCGAAAUCGGCGAAUUCUACUCGCUUCUGUUCGAAUGGCAAGAGAUUUGCAUCCAGUCCUCGUGGAUGGUCCGCAUCUCAAUGGCCGUCAUGUUCGGCGCAGUUUUUGGUGCAUUUCUGGCCGGAUUUAUGGCCGAUUUUUUUGGUCGCAAACCCGUGGUCGUAUUCUCUUUAUUCUUCUUGACAUUGGCCAAUCUCACACUUGUAUUUUUGGGCUCCUUCUCACCAAUCAUCUCCACAUCGGUCUUCUUUUUGAUGGGCUGCGCGUCGGGCGGUUACAUGGUGACAAAUGUGGUGUUUAUAAUUGAAGCCGUGAAAACGGAGAGGGAACGGUUGGUUGUGGCGUCGUUGAAUGGCUGGCCCAUUGGAAUGGUGUUCACGGCCGUGAUUAGUUACAUUUCUGGGGAGCAAAAAUCCUACUACUUGAUUGUCGCCGCGACUUCGUUGGCCGUCGCUGGACUGUUGGUGAGCUUUUGAGGGAAAGAAGUUGAAGUCCCAAAAAACAAAAAAUUUCCGGUCAUACGGUGGCAGGUCUGAUACAGUGGCAAAAACGUACCGUUUUUCAUCCGGGAAGUAUCAAAAAUGUGGCAAAAUGCUGCCCUCUCCAAGUGAAAAAAAACUUCGUUUUGAAGGGCGCGCUCUUUCCCUCAAAGCGGGCGGCUUUUGAGAUCGGAGUUUUUUUUUCACUUGGAGAGGGAAGCAUUUUGCCUCAUUUUUAAUACUUCCCGGAUGCAAAAUUGUACGGUUUUGAUCGGGACUCCUACUGUAAACACACAUCCAAAGUUUGCGAUUCCCCAAAUCACCCUACGUUUUCAGCAAUUCUCAUCGUUCGAGUCGGUCGGUUGGCUAUCCAAUCAAAACGAAGAAGUGAAAGCCGCUUGUGUCCGGCGGCAAAUCAAAUUGCGAAACAACCCCGGAUCCUGGCAUAACUGGAGUCUCCGCUCAUUGGGUUCACGAACGACCUGUAGUCGGCUUCAAAAACUGCGCAAGGCCGAAAGUGUACCUGGUCUGUGCAGUAAAUGUCAAUAUUGUGACAAUAACAUUGACCAGAAAAAAGAAAUUACCGAGGAAAAAGUUGCUGUGACAUUUACAGCAGCUGGAGAUGCUGAUGCAGAAGAUCAACAAGUUUCGGCAGCUGAAACUGCCGCUGCGCAGACAAUAUCCAUCGAAGAUGGGACUACAAAUAAACCCAAGAAACAGUCAACAAUGACUUAUUUGGAUCUCUUCAAACACUCGACAAUUCGCCGGCCUUUGUUCGCUUUACUUUACUGUUUUCUGUCGUCAUCAGUGGUUUCGUUUGGCUUCUAUUUUAACGCCGAUUACUUACCUGGGAAUCGGUAUGCCAAUUUGGGACUAAUGGGGCUCCUGAAAUUCAUCUUGGGCCUAAUUCCCUUCGCCUUCUCUUAUAUCAUCCCAAAGAAGGUGAUCAUAUUAUUGUCAGUGGGUAAGUACAGUAACAGACCUGAUCCAGUGGCAAACAACGUUCAAUUUUGCAUCCGGGAAGUAUCAAAAAUGUGGAAAAAUGCCUCACUUUCCGAGUGAAAAAAACUUUGUUUUGAAGGGCCCUCACGAGCGGGCGCGCCUUUGAAAUCGGUUUUUUUCACUUGAAGGGGAGGUAUUUUGCCACAUUUUUUGAUACUUCCUGGAUGCAAAAUGAUACGCUUUUUGCCACUGGAUUAGAUCCCCCACUGUAGACAUACCCCAAAAUUUUCAAUCUUUUUAGGAACUGCUUGUAUUUGCUGCUGGAUUCUGAUCGCAGUCACCUCCAUGGUCCACCUUGGAGACAGUAUUGUAAUCACUGCGCUUGGGUUGAUGGUAACCGCUUCUAUGGAUCCCACUUGGAAGAUUAUUCAUCUCUAUUCGGUUGAAUUAUUCCCAACGGCCGUUCGAAAUAUGGCCAGAGGCGCGUGUAAUGUGACGGCGAGAUUGGGGAGUAUGAGUGGACCUUUGGUAAGACAUUUAAAAAUUUUUGAAAAUUAUCUUUAAGACAUGUUCGUGUAUGUCAUAUUUUGUAGAUAAUCCUCCUGCGCACGAUGAAUCCGACCCUUCCAUAUUGGCUUUUCGCGGGAUUACUGUCCUUGCAAUGGAUGGUAUUAGCCUGUUUAAUGCCAAACCAAUCCGUCGACAGUCUCCCUGAAGGCAUGCCGGUGAGAAAAAGGAACUCCUCGCUGACUAAAGCAUAA